UGACGUUCCAAAAUGUAAACUUCAAGAUUUCUGCUGUAUAAGACGAAAACAUUGUUUAUUAUAUACAUUUAAUGUUGUUGAGGAAACUGUUUAAUUGUUAUGAUAAUGAGAUUAUUCAAUGACAAAGGAAAUGCAUCGUAUUUAUGCUGAGAUGUAUUUCUAGGGUUGGUUAGGACCAAUCUAACCUGGUGUAACCCCUGCUUAGGACAAGCCGAUCGCGCCGACAGAAGCGUGAGCGUUAUUUAUUUCCCGCGUAUGUGCGUGCGUCGCAUUGUACAUGACUUUCUGCAUACAUUUAAUUUUAUAUGGAUAAAAUUUCUUGUUUUUACUAAACGUAUUGUUAUUCUUAGCUAUCUUUAGCAGUCACGUUAUCCCUGAGAAUAAUUGAGAAAGUUCUGAGAUUAUACAAUUGUUUAUAAGGAAAAUGACGUCGUUUAACUUGAGUGAAAUUGUUGAGCGUUUGAGAGAGGCUAGCGAGACCCAAGGAACCGGUGUUUCGUUUGCUGGUAGAUCCUUAAAACUUGACAAUGAACAGGAUGCGGAGGAAGUCGUGCAAGCGAUUAAGAAUUGCGAGUGUUUGGAAUAUUUGGAUCUCGAAGGAAAUACCUUAGGACCUGAAGCUGCAAAAGCUGUUUCAAAAGCAUUAGAAACUCAUGGCACACACUUAAAGCGAGCUCUCUGGAAAGAUAUGUUCACAGGGAGAAUGAAAACUGAAAUUCCAUUAGCUUUAGAAUAUUUAGGAGCUGGUCUUUGUGCAGCUGUCACGGCUCUUGUGGAAUUGGACCUUAGCGACAAUGCAUUUGGUCCUAUUGGUGUGCAGGGACUGGCUGCUUUUCUCAGCUCAAGAACAUGCUAUACACUGAAGGAGCUUAGACUUAACAACAAUGGUUUAGGAAUUUCAGGUGGAAAAAUAUUGGCUAAAGCAUUACUAGAUUGUCAUCUCAACAGCACUAGAGAAGGUGCGAACCCACUUGCACUCAAAGUCUUUGUUGCCGGAAGGAACAGAUUAGAAAAUGAAGGUGCAACAGCAUUAGCAUCAGUGUUCAAAACGAUAAAGACAUUGGAAGAGGUGGUGAUGCCACAAAAUGGAAUUUAUCAUCAGGGUGUUGCUGCACUGGCAAGUGGGCUUUCUGUUAAUACUGGACUGCGUAUUUUAAAUUUAAAUGACAACAUUGUGGGACCCAAAGGUGCCCAAGCUCUUGCCAAUGUUUUGCCAUCAUUUGUGAACCUAGAACGAUUGAAUCUUGGGGAUUGCCUUUUGAAGACAAAGGGAGCUUUAGUAGUUGUCGAAGCUCUUGGUUCAGAAAGUAGUCAUCCCAAUUUAACAGAAUUAAAUUUGACUUUUAAUGAAAUUGGUACAAGAGCUGCCAGCCCUAUAGCAAAUGCAAUGGCUGACAAAAUGCAAUUAACGAGUCUGCAGCUUGAUGGAAAUGCAUUUGGUUCUAAAGGACGUGCUACGCUUCGUGAUAACCUCACCAUUUCCGAGAGAAUCGACUCUUUGGGUUCACUGAAUGAAGAUGAAAGUGAAGAUGAAGAUGAACCUGAGGAUGGGGAUGAGGAUGAUGAUGGGGAUGAUGAAGAAGCAGAGAAGGAAAAUGAGAGUGAUGGAAAUGUGUAUUAUGAAGAGAAUGAGGAUGAAAAUGAAAAUUACAAUAAUGAUGAAGAAAAUGAGAGCGACGCAGAAGAGAAUAAGAAUAAGAACGACGAUUUUAAUAAUCGAAAGCCAAAACGUAUUACUGUGCAGGAGUUCUUGAAAUCGCCAACUGGAGAGAACCUUUUAUUACUUCAAGGCGACAAGGCAGGAGUUCUUAUAGAUCAUACAAAGAAUUUAUUCAACGGGGAUAGUAGCCGCGGUGACAGAUAUGUAGAAGAUCUUUGCAAAAUAAUUAUGAAAGUGUCCACCCUUUGUGACAGUGGUUACGUCGAUGUAAGAGUUGAGGCAGAAGGUGUUACUGAAAUCCUUUAUGCAGAACUCUUUACAUAUGCCAUUAAAAAUAACAAAGUCUCUACUUUGAACAAUGCUUUAUUAGUUAAUCUUGGUUUAAUAAAGAGCGAAGACAAGACUGCUCGAAAGCUAGACUGGAAUCUAGAAGGUUGCUUUAAGGCUCUUGAGAAGAUCAGUGAAAGGGAUUAUUUCCUUACAAAGACCAAGGAUACGUUGAAGAUAUUCCUGGAGAAACCAAUGAAAACUAGUAAAGCUAAGAUGAUGGACCCAUUCCAGGAUGCCAAAGCGUCCCUCAAAACAGUUCUUGAUCGGUUACAGACUACGUAACUCUUAUGAGGAGUAUGGCCAUAUAUAUAUUUUUUUUUUUUAAUAAUGCAUCAAUACUAAAUACAUCUAUUUAUUUAUAAUUAAAUUUUUGUAAAAAUCGCCGCUGUGGUUAAAAUCAUAUUGAGGACAUUUUAUACCGACAUUGGUGAUUCAAUAAAAUGUUAAAACAAA